UUACUCCACCCCGACUUUACUGCCGCGCCCAACGGUGGAAAUGUUUUAAAAAAAUCAGCGCGUUUUAAACCGUAAAGGCGAGGGUGAGGUUAAAGAUCACCAAGAUGGCGGCGCCCAGGCUCUGAUGUCUUGUUGAAGACUCUUGGAAUGAUUGAACUCCUUCACUUUGUAAACCUCCUUGGUGUGAUGAUCUUUCUGCUCACCGUUCUCUAUCACUGGGUCGACAUUACACACUCAAGAUCUACAACCCUUACUCAGAAUUUCUAUGAUGCCAGGCCAAAGAGAAGCUUUCGCAGUCAGUGCCGAAGGAAGGUGUACACACGAAAGUCCAAAUCAGAGUGUGAACAAGAGUCUUGAUCAGUGAUUUGUGAAUUUUGCUUGAAAUGUCCACUUGCACCUUAAAAUCCAGAGCCCGUAAGUAAAAAAGGAAUCUGCAGCAAAACAACUCAUCUUCAUCUUCCCAUCUUCUCCCCUUUCGGCUUUCUGCAGAGACCGUUCCUUCCGUAACUCCCUGGUUAAUUCGUCCCUUCCUACCCAAACUACCCCCUGGCCUGGUACUUUCCCUUGCAACCGCAGGAAAUGCUACACUUGUCGCAUUACUUCUCACCUCGACGCCAUCCAAGGACCCAAGCAGUCUUUCCAGGUGACGCAGAGGUUCACCUGCACCUCCUCCAACCUCAUCUAUUGCAUCCACUGUUCCAGGUGUCAACUGCUCUACAUCGGCUGGUUGGAAAAUACUUGGGAAAUCCUGACAAAUCCUUCUGAACGUUGAGACGUGGAGCCUGAAGCUGGUGCCAUGACCCCUUUGAAGCCGGUGGUUGAAGUGGUGAACCUGGGGAGGAUUUCUUACGGGAACGCACUGCAAGCUCAGCGGAGGUACAUCCGGCGCCACAUCGACUCCCUGUCGCAGCCGCCGGCCGCUGAACCGGCGGUGAACGCACUGCUCCUGUGUGAGCACCCUCCUGUCUACACUGUCGGCAUAAGGACGGCGCAGUACCCGGUGGAGGAAGAGGAGAGGCUGAACGGGCUGGGGGCCGAGUUCCACCGGGCGGACCGAGGAGGGCUGAUCACCUUCCACGGCCCCGGGCAGCUGGUGUGCUACCCCAUCCUCAACCUGGCCCACUUCAGGAAGAGCGUGCGCUGGUACGUGGCGGAGCUGGAGACCACCACCAUCCGGCUCUGCCGCAAGUUCGGGAUUCAAGCUGACACCUCGCCAGACACUGGCGUCUGGGUGGCAAGCAACAAAAUCUGUGCCAUCGGAAUCCACUGUGGCAGAUACAUCACCUCUCACGGGUUAGCGCUGAACUGCAACACUGAUCUGCACUGGUUCUCUCACAUCACACCCUGUGGCCUCAAGGGCAAAGGGGUGACGUCCCUGACUCAAGUACUGGGCAGAGAAGUGACCGUCUCCGAGGCCGUGGAACCCUUCCUUGAAACAUUCGCCGCACAGUUCAACUGUACGCUGAGGUGUUAGGAACUCUCCAUCCCCACAGAUCACCCAGCCAACUGAAGAGGUUUUCAGAUGUCGGAUGAUUGCAAGGCAAUCAUGUGAGCAAUUUUGGGCCCCAUAUCUGAGGAAGGAUGUGAUGGCGCUGGAGAGGGUCCAGAGGAGGUUGACAAGAAUGGUCCCAGGAAUGAUCGGGUUAACAUAUGAUGAGCGUUUAACGGCGCUGUAGUUUAUUAAGGGUUUGGACACGAUAGAGGCAGGAAACAUGUUCCCGAUGUUGGGGGAGUCCAGAAUCAGGGGCCACCGUUUAAGAAUAAGGAGUAAGCCAUUUGGAACCGAGAUGAGGAAAAACUUUUUCUCACAGUUUUGAGAGUCUGUGGAAUUCUCUGCCUCAGAGGGCGGUGGAGGCCGGUUCUCUGGAUACUUUCAAGAGAGAGCUAGAUAGGGCUCUUAAAGAUAUUGGAUUCAGGGGAUAUGGGGAGAAGGCAGGAACGAGGUACUGAUUGGGGAUGAUCAGCCAUGAUCACAUUGAAUGGCGGUGCUGGCUCAAAGGGCCAAAUGGCCUACUCCUGCACCUAUUGUCUAUAUAGAAGAAUAGGGGGGGGGGGGUCUACGCCGUGUUGCAGAGACAAAGCGACACUACCGUAAGGAGAGAGAGAAGGGGGCUCAGCAACCACCAACCAUCGCCAGUCUCCACAACCCACGUUGCACCAAGGUGUGUGGAUCACGGAUCAGCCUCUACAGACAUCUGCAGACCCACAAGUGGACGACCCUAUGGAGAGAACAGUCAUACUCAUUUCGAGUGACUGCCAAUGAUCACACAAGAGAGACAAUUUAAACUAUUAUGCCAAGCCAAUGAAUGUAUAUAAUGUCAAUAAAUGAG